CGCACGGCUCGGGCGGCGCACGCACCCCCGGUUCUCCAAGAUGGCGGCGGCCACCAGCGGCGAGGCGGGGUGCGGCGAGGCGGCGGCGGGCGGGAAGCGCGGCCCUCUCGGCAUCCCCGAGGCCGUCUUCGUGGAAGAUGUAGAUUCUUUUAUGAAACAGCCUGGAAAUGAGACAGCAGAUGUAGUUCUAAAGAAGUUGGAUGAGCAGUAUCAGAAGUAUAAAUUUUUGGAACUUAAUCUUGCUCAAAAGAAAAGGAGGCUAAAAAGUCAGAUUCCUGAAAUUAAACAGACAUUAGAAAUUUUAAAACACAUGCAGAAGAAAAAGGACUCCACAAAUCCAAUGGAAACCAGAUUUUUAUUGGCAGAUAAUCUCUACUGCACAGCUUCAGUUCCUCCUACAGAUAAAGUUUGUUUGUGGUUGGGGGCCAAUGUGAUGCUUGAAUAUGAUAUUGAUGAAGCUCAGGCUCUGUUAGAGAAGAAUUUGUCAACAGCCACAAGGAACCUUGAUCUUCUAGAGGAAGACCUGGAUUUUCUUAGAGAUCAGUUCACCACUACAGAAGUCAAUAUGGCUAGAGUUUAUAAUUGGGAUGUAAAGAGAAGAAACAAGCAAGACCCUUCCAAAAACAAAGCAUAGUUUUGCCAAGUUUAAAUGUGGUUUCAAUUUCCAAAUAUUUUUUAUUUAAACACCCCCAAGUUCAUUCUUAAGGGGCUGAGUUACUUUAAGCAUUUCAGUAAAUGGUAAAAUAUAUAAAAACUAAUGGUGAGCACCAUUUUAUUUAUUUGUAAACUCAAAAUUUGGUUUCAUGCAUGCUUCAUGAAAUGAAUUCUUUGAAAAGGCACCACACAGUCCAGCAGAGGACAUAGUAUUUUGAUCAGACCGGUCUGUCAUAAACAAAUUUCUACAUGAAAGCUUGUGUGAAAAGUUGAGGGGCAUGUGUGAAAUGAAGUCUCUCGUGUUAGCAGGGUAAGGUGAUGCAGGGGCUUGCUUCUUCGUCUCUGUGUACAGCUGAUGGAGUCCACUUGGGCUGGGAAGACACACAGCUGUAAUGAUCUGCGAGACGCAAAAUACAGUGAAGUCUUGGAUUUUGUUUCAGUCAGUUAAUUGGCAGCAUUGAUCUGCAAGCAUUCCUGGAUAUCCGCUUUGGAUACACUCGUUUUUAACAGUGAGUGGUUAGUCAGCUGCCUGCUACUGAACUCUCAGCACUUGAAAUAACAACAGUUUGUGACUUGUCUUCAGAGAGGAGUGGUAAAGGGAGUAAACAGCACAAGCUAUGUCACGGCUGCAGAUGAUCUCACCCCGUUCUUUCAUACAUGUGCACACACUGCUUAUUUUUGCAAAUGGGUGGAACAAGGACACCGAAACACCAACAGCCUGUAAACAAGAAGCCCCUAUUUACGAUCCCUUAGAGAAGAUGUUCAGUUCAAAUGUCUUAACGCGCUCAGCCUCCCGGGCGGGGAAACCUGUAUUAGCUGGGGACGGAUUACUGACACAUGGCUCCCGGGGUUAACACUUGGAACCUUUGUUUUGGUUCUUAUGAAGCCUUGCAAGAUUGUUGCCUUUUACCUCUGCAGUUUCUUUCUCAAAUGAAAUGCUCAGUGGUGAUGUCAGUGGCUAAAAAUAUUCACAUUCGGUGACUGAGAAUACAGGUUUCACUGCAAAACAAAUGCAAAUGUUAACUGUUUGAUCUUCAUGUAAGAAACAAUAUACCUGUAAAUUUUUUUGUACUUUUAUUUCAUGAUAUUAAAAUAGUUAAACUAAACAGUUGUGGCAAACCGCACCUGGUUUUGUGCACCUUUCUUUGUGCGAGGUCUUUUCUAAUGUUUCUAAUGAGGGUGAAAAUAUUAAGUUGAAGCAGCAGACGGGAAGUGUGGCUGCUGAACACCAGCCAGAAUGAAGCGGGGAGUGUGAGCCAGUGCCUGUGAAUUUGAACACAAGCAACUGAUGAGACAGCACUGUGGCUGUCUAAGGGUAAGAGCUGCUGGGAUAAAACAGACCAACCCUUCCUACCCGUCACAACUAAGAACCUGGGCCUGGCUCAUCCAUGUCUUUCCUGCAGGGCGGUGGUGUUUGUUCCAGUGUCUCUGGCUGUAGCAGAGAAACGUUUGGAUCUCUUGGAUUAUUUGAUGAGCAAGUAUCUGCCCACUGUUACACUAGGCCAAGCGUGGGGUUGCUCAGGCUGCUUCUCGCCUUUCUAAGAGCAUCAGCACUGAGAGGGAAGGCAGCUGCACACACAUCCUGAUUUCUUCUGCAGUUUUCUCUUCAGUCUGGAUUAAUGAGAUCCCAGCAGGCUCAAGCGCACUCCCUCCACCCUGUCGGGUCCAAAGGCAGCAAUCGCCUGCCUUUGUUGUGCACAAUGAAAUGACGAGUUAGCAUUUCAGCACGAGCAAAAUGAGGACUGUGUGCAAUGGCCAGUGACCUAAUGCUGGGUACCGGGGCGGGUGACAGCAUUCCAGCUGGAACAGCGCAGUAGGUUCCAAAGGUAUCCGGCUUCGGGGGAUGGGAGAUGGCUGUGGCCAUCCUAACUCUGGGCUUGGGGGUGUGUUUGCUUGUUUGACACAAACUAAAUAAAACCAAACCAAAACUCAUAGACAAGCACUUGGCUUCCCUGUGACUGAUGCUUGAGUGGUAGUGUCUGACCUUUGCCGUUGGGUCUUUGUGACUCAGAAGCGCAGAGGGUCAGUUUGCAGCAGUUUGUAGCUGCCGUGCUGCUGGCCCAGCCUGCUGCGGAGCAAGGCCGCCCAGAGGGGCUGCGGCUGGCUUUGGCUGCUGCUGCAGGGAGGGCUUGGCUUGGAUUGUUUUGUUAGUCUGUUCUGCCCCUUCUUUCUCAACGAGGCAGCUGGUUGGAAGAUCUAAGCAGUGCGUGUGCAGAGAACACUAUAGCGGGUGCUGUUGCAGGGCGCCUGUUUAUUGCUGGGUCCAGGUCAGGCUCUCAGUCACGGCUCGGGUAUAGAGGUGGUGCAGAUAAGAGGCUGCUUACUGAUAAAGAAUGGAGAGGGGAAGGAAAAUAAAAAGCCACCAGAGUUUCUUGACAAGUUUUGAAUUUCACAUUAUCACAUAGGAACCGUUUUGCUAAAUACAAGCAUAUUUCCAGUCACGUACAGACAGCUAAAUACAGCAUUAUUUUCACAGUUCGUUACAGUGCAUAACAGAAAGCGAGGAAAGUGUAUAGUAUGCCUUUAUUCUGGAGGUUCUGAGCAGUUCAGUCUAACAUGCAGAUUGUUUUUAACAUGUGGGAGAGACCACAGAAAGUUAGCUUUUUCUUUUCUUUUUUUUUUUUUUUGUUCUAGAGUAAAAGAGCUCCUGACCUUGGUUCUGUGAAAGGAAUCACCUUCCCGCAUCUCUAAAUCCCUCUCACACUAGAAGUCAAAGCAUUAAAACCAGUUGUUAGAAAAGAAUUCUUAGCAUAUCCUAUGAGUUCUUCAUCUUAGAAAAAACAUUCCAAAUUUUGUACAGCUGAAUCUACAUUUCCUAUAGUUUAAUAAGCUGUCUAGAAAAUGCAAGGAAUUAGAAAAAGAUGUAUAUAACGAUUUCUCUAUCAUUUAAUAUAACCAUUUAUUACCUCUAAGUAGUUAAGACAUUUUCUUCUGUACUGUUCGUCUUUAGAAGUAUGACACUUGUAUUUUUAAAUUGCAGAUCUAUUCUGAAGGCCUGAAUGCACACGCUUAGUUAGGCUGUCUGGACUUUCUCUCUGGGAGCAGUAACAGGGAAUGUCCAAUGCUCAUUAAAUAAAAUAUUGGUUGUGUGGUGAAAAGUGAUCUUUCCCCUGCUGGCCAGGUUCCUGCACAGAGAAUUACUGAAUUUUACUCUUGCUAAACCACCAUUUGCCCCCAGGGACAGCUGCCACCCUCAGCCGGGCAACUCAAGGCACACCUCAUGGCUGCAUGACCCUGACAGACCAAAGCAGUGGCUGGCUGGGCUUCCCACGCUAGAAAUGAAGAACCUGACCCUUUUGUACUUGUUUGUCCUUGCCUUUGUGAAAAUAUGACUAACAGACCUGGUCCGAGUAAGCCUUAUGCGCUCCAUUGGCGUCAGCCCAUGAGAGCCCACGGCAGCCUCCCUGCAUCCAUCUUCUCCAGCUUCGCUUACCUAGAAAGAGACUUCGUAGAGGGAUAUUGUUUUAUAAAUCUUCAGGGCACUCAACAGCCACCGAAUCCCCUUGAGCUCUAGCACAAGGGUUUAGUAGCUUUACACCUAUUCCAGAGCGCUCCGGGGUUGGCAGAGGCGAGAGCACUGACCACCGCCACUCCUCCCUUCCUCUUAUUUGCUACCAGCGCCCUCCCAGCUGGUGCAGUGCUCCCCUGCGCAGCCCAGGAACUGAAACUGUUCCUACAACACUGACAAUAAAAAUGUCCAUUUUCAGGGGUUUGGUUGUUGGGUUGGGUUUUUUUAACAUGGAAACCACAGGGGUAUUUUUUAUUUCAUACAGCUGCAAACUGUGAGUGGGUUUAAAGGACAAAACAGUUGAACUCAACAGCAAUCAAGACCCACACUUUCAUGGAUGGGGUAGCUGAAAAAGCUGCAACAGGUAUUUCCUUCUCCUCUACUUUGAGGCCUAAAAUCAAACACUAGAUGCUGCCUGCAUUUUUUACCUAGUCUCUCCCUCCUGCCCAUUGGCAAUUUGGUAUAUAAAGUUUGCAAACUUGAGGGAAAAAAAAGGGUCACUGUAGUUUUUGUUGUUCGCCUGUCUUUAUUAGAUUUGAACUUCCCUACUUUGCUACAGAAGCACCUGCCGCACCUCAAAAGCUGAAGCUGAAAGUCAGAGGAAGCAAAGCUCAAGUGGUGAAUGGCAUUCCCAGGAAACAUCCACCUCCACAGAGCUUUUGUAACACAGCUGCCAUCACAUGAUGGCCAACCUGAGAUGGAUCCUCCUUUGUCUAAUUAAGCAUGAAGAAAAACAAACGUUACUCUUGAGCUCAUCUUGAGGCUUUCCCUUCGCCCCUGCUCAGACCCUCCUGUUGUGUGUUCCUCCUUCCCAGUGCUGCCUCUUCCAGAGAUGCCAAGAAAGAAAAUGACACUUGAACAGCAGAAAGUACCGAUGGAAGCUGUUGCUUUCCAUGCUAUUUAACUUCUGUAAAAGCAAAUCUCACCUUUUAGGAUGUCUGAUGCACCUGAGUUAAGCUUUUCAAGUUUUUUAUUUUGUUGGGUUUGGGUUUUCCACCCCUCUUCCUUUCCAUUUGUCCUGGUCACCUGGCUGCUAAGACACCCAAAAGGCCAGCACAGUGCUGUUGGCAAGACAGGAACGUUGGUGUGUCCUACCUGGCUGCAACACCCCUGCCUUGAGACAUGAGGACAUGGUUCCCUGUUUAUGCUCUUGAUCACUUAAUUCUGCUGGAAAGCCCUGAACUCAGGGCAGUUUUGAGGUACUCACCUAGGCAGUAAAUGCGUAAAAAUGCAUUGAAUAAUUACUACUGGAGCAGGAGCUGUCACUUUGAAUCCCAGUUCAGCACAGCAAGAAAAGCACUGUUGGGGACGGGGGGGGGGGCGCAAUAAUUUAAAUUUUAAUUACCAGACAAAUAAAUAACUACUAUUUUCCUCUUUAAAUGCCGUGGAACAUUCUUUGCUAUCGAACUAGGUUCAAGAAAAUAAGGAAGAAAAUUCAGAACAGUGCAUACCACGUCAGUAAACUCCCUUUGGAGUUGGCCUUAUGAGACAAUGGUAUCUGAGCUGCCUUUACACCCUCCUGGUAAUAAAUAGCUGAUGCAAACGAAGAUGCCCUCUUUCUUUCUCUCUCUCUCUGCCCAUUUUUCAUGCUACUGAAAUAUCCACACUCAGGCUUCAAUACCCAG